GUUAUUUUUGUUUUAUAGUGAAAAUAAUGAUUAGCAAGUAGUUAUUAAUAAAAUAGUGAGAAUGCAACAAAGGACGAUAUUGGGAUGCAAUUGGGCGCGCGGCGGUGAGGCAGGAUCCGGCGUAGUGCGACGAGCGCAUCCUGCAUCCGGCGCCCAGUGGAACGUGCAGGUCGUCAGAGGGAAAGUCAAUGGAAAAUGUUUGUGGAACGCAUGUAAAGCGCUCAGCAUCGGAUUAUUGCUCAUGUUGCUCGGUGGCGCUAUGGCUACAAUAGGUUAUUACGCAGAUGAUUUAUCAAUGGCGCAUGAAGUGCGUGGUAAUCAUACAGUAAAAAUAAAAAACGAAUCACGCGGUUUCCAUCUCAAUAAUUUAUCAUACGCUGGACCGAUUGUGAUGGGAGUUGGAGGUUUUAUUGUCGUCGCCGCGUGUGUUAUGACCUUCGAGGCGCGAGACUCCGCCGCCAAGGUUGUUCCAGCGCGACUUAAAUCGGGAAGUGGUAUACAGUGCACUCACCGACCAGUUACUGGUGACCGAUCCGCACAUGGAUCCUUACGAACAUCCGCUUCACAAACAGGAGUCACACCUCAACCCCCUCAUCAGUCGUCGGAUCGACGGGCAGUUACCCAAUCGCUUGUGCAGUUCUCGAAAGGACUCGUAAUUGACAGCGAGUGUCGAAAACCGGUGAAUUUACUGCGCGUCUCACAGAAUUCUAUUAGCAAGUCACCCUCAGCCCCAGAUCUGAGUGAACAAAAACCACCCCUGGUCCCAGUGCACAACGGCAGUAAAAAAACAUCACCGAGUAACGAUUCGUGUAAAGAAGAUCCGCGGAGAUGUAAUGUUGCUACUGGAAUGAAACAAGAUGGCGGACGUAGGAUGAUUACUCCUUAUGGGGCGCUAAACCCGAAAUUAUUACAUCGGCACGCGUUAUCAGUAGACGAAACUGCGCAUACUUACAGGUUAAGUCAUGAAUCACUGCAGGGUACAGGCAGUCAGUGCUCGAUGGCGUUGGAUUUACAUUUGGAGUGUCCGGUAACACUAAGAAUCCGUGAUCGUCGACGUAAUCCGUUGAGACGACAGUGUAAGAUCGAAGCGGAAGAUGAAAAACACCUCCACGAACAAAUCGCCAGGUCAAAUUCGCAUUCACCGCGCAUGACGCACCAACAUCGCACGAAGAGUAACGCGUCAGCUACAGGCAGUCCAGGCUUGUCGCCUUCUUCGACAUUCUGCGGGCAGAGAAGAAGUUCCAAUGCUUCGGAUUGUACGCAUCGUGCGCGAACAAGAAAACGAGAUUGUCACCAUCAACGCGGGCGAUUGGAGCGCGCCAUAUCUUCGGAUUCGCGGUUGACUGGAGUGCAUCAUAAGUGCCAUCAUCAUCAUCAUCAUCAUGUUCAUCCGCAGGUUUCUGUGGAGGAGGCCGUUGUUCCAGGCGCUUCAAGUUCUGAUACUGAUAUUACUCAUACAAGGAGUAUACAUCCAAAACGCGCAAUUCAGCUGAUCGUUAGCGAACGUCAGCAAAGUCUCAUUUACAUUUUUCUCUUUGUUUGCUCGAGUCGGCAACCUUCAAAUGUUUUUUUUUUUAUGGCGGUAAUCAAGAAGAUUUAUAACAAUUAUGAUGCAGGCGAUGCAGUAAAUACAGGAAUAGAUCAUGUGAAACACGCAGUAGAGUCUGGUAUCAACACAGCGCAAAAUUCAAUCGGGACAGUGGUUAACAAUGUAGAAAAUACUUUAGGUAUUGCAAAGAACAAAGCGGAAGAAACGGCAACAAUGGUAGGAGACAACGUGCAGGAUAUAAGCGCGAAAACAGGCGAGGUUGUAGAGGAAACUAUCUCAGACGCAAAAACAGUACUAGCCUUUGAGGACGCCACCAACAAAAUGGAAAACGAAAUAAAAGAGCUCGAAAGCAUGGAGGAAGAAUCGGCGAAAAAAUUAGACGCACUCAAGGAUGAAUUCGGCGAAACAGUGGAAGUGAUGGAGACGAAAAUGGAGGAAACGCUGCACAUUGAGGAUGUGGAUGAGUCGUCUACGUCUGCGACGACAGAUGGCCCUACGACCACCAGCGGAGAGGAAUCGGGUGGAAAGGAGGAGAUACGCCGGCAGCCGACGCCAUGGGAGGUGGCAGCGGACGCAAUCCACAAUCGUCGCGUUAGCAUCGCCGCCAUUGGCGCAUUAGAAAACUACGUUGAUGCAGGUGAAGAUGCCGAUGAUGAUGCUGAUUUUGAUGAUCCGGACAACCCCAAUGCUGAAUACGAUGUAGAGUCUAACAGUGAUGCUCAUACAUCGCUGCUUUCCACAAGCAUCUCAACCAGCACCACGUCAACACUCUCAACGAGCAGUGGUGCAUUUGCCACUGCGCCCGGCGCCGCCACCCAUACUUCGGACUUUUAUGACACUUCUACAACCACCACCUCCUCCAAGGAUUAUCCCAGUGGAAAUGCCACCGCUGAUAUUCUGCUCAGCGAUACCAUUUCGAUCAAGUCUUACAAGAGUGAAAUUUAAUACAAAUUUUAACGAAUUUACUCGAACACAUAUUGUACAUAUUUUAAAUCGAAUUAAUUUAAGUUGAUGUUGUGAUUUAUGGUUAAAAAGUUUAUCGAUUAUAUAUAGGUAAUUAUGUGUAGAAUAUUUUUAUACUAAAUUGGAAUAGUAUGCGUUGAAAUUAACAGAACCAAAAUUGUUUCAAAUUUUGGAAUAUAUCGCUUCAUGAUUAGAUUGCACAAAAUCAAAAUUAUAUGUAAUAUUAAUAAAAUAAAGUUUAAUUCUUUAUAAAAC